AUGCCUCGCGGGCCAUCGAUCAGCUCUGACGAUCUGAUUUUUGCCUUGGUAUAUGCGCUCCCUGUCAUCGCACAGGGGCCGAGACGCAGCGGAUCAGUGAUCACCUACCAGAUCUGCGGAGUCCUUUCCCGCGUGCACGAUCAAGGAAUCAUUCACCGCGACCUGAAGCCCGAGAACAUUGUCCUGAAGGACCAGUACCCGCCGACUGGGGGCUGGCGAAGACGAUGGGUUCCCAGACAAUCCCCAAGACGUUCUGCGGAACCUCGCGCCGGAAGUGGCCGUUCACGACGCGUUCCCCACACAGGAAGAGUACUCGAAUGUGGUCAACAGCUGGACGUGAUCGUCUUUGCCGUACCUACCGAGCACAUCAUCACCAUUACCCGCCAGGUGCAGUGGAUGCUUCUGUGCGAGUGGGACGUCAGCGAGCAGGCCGAGACGUUCAUCCGCGUGCCCCUCGCGUCUUCCCAGAGCGAGCGUAUGUCGCUCACCAGCGCGCUGCUCGCGACCUCUGCGGAGCGCGAAGGCGCGCCCCAGCCGCUCCCCACGACCCCGCCCGUGCUCCACACCGCGUCGCUCCAGGCCCUCCCCUCCGCCCCCUCCAUCGCGGACCGCGCGCACCUCGCCGCCCGCUUCCCGGCCGAUGGGCCUGCGAAGACCGCCCAGGACGGCGCCGCGGCGGGCUCGUGCACGUCCCUCGACGGCCCGAGCCUCACCUUCGUCAUGCACCCACCGUCGCCCGAGCGCGCGGUGACCCUGGUGCGCGACUCCCACACCAACGACGGGGUCAGGGACGGCUACGUGCUGUCGAGCCCGUGGUCCGCCCCGAGCGAGGGGAGCCGGCGCGGCAGGCUCCAGCGGCGUUCGAAGGUGCCGUCGCGGGCGGGCGCGGCAGGCGGGCGAGGAGUUCCCGGGGCCGUCGCAGGACAUGCGUGCGUGGGGGGUGGAGGCUCUGGGUGGGGGCCGGUGGAGGAGCCCGAGCCUCACGCGAUGAAGGAGGCUACCCCAGCGCGAGAAAACGGAACGCUCAAAGACGACACACCCGUCCGGAAGGCGGCGGAGAAGCGCAAACGCGGGAGCAGGAGGACUCUGAUCAAGGGGGGGUCACCGCAUGUGGCGAAGCGGCUGGGGACGGAGCUGUCGAUGUCUGUCGCGGAGGUGGAGGGCACGGAGUAG